AAUUUGCAUUAGAAAAGAAAAGAAACGAUGCCGCUUGAUAGGUUGUCGCUAACCGUAUUUUAAAUGUUCCCAUAAUUAAAACAACCACACAAAAAUGGCUUCUGCUACACUUGCUCAAUUUCCCGCCAGUAUUCUCACUCCUAUAUCCACCGUUACUCAAUUCCCGGAUAACCCGAAAUCCCUAAUUUUACAACAAUGCAAAACAAUCAAAGACCUAAAACAAGUCCACGCCCACCUCCUCAAAACUCGCCGCCACCUCGACUCUACAGUCACCGAGAACCUUCUAGAAUCCGCCGCUAUUAUCCUCCCCGCCACCACCAUGGAAUACGCACUAUCCAUUUUCGACAAUAUUGAUGGCCCCGAUUCUUCAGCGUAUAAUAUCAUGAUAAGGGCCUUCACUUUGAAGCGCUCUCCUCAAAAAGCCCUUGCCUUUUUCAAACAAAUGCUUGAAGAAGCAGUGGCGUUUGAUGAAUUCACUUUCCCUUGUACUCUAAAAGCUUGUUCUAGGUUGCGUGGCAGAAAAGAGGGGAAACAGAUUCAUGCCCAGAUUGUGAAAUAUGGUUUUGGGUCUAAUUGUAUUGUUUUGAACACUUUGAUUCAUAUGUAUGCAAAUUGUGGUGAAAUUGAGAUCGCGAGGAACAUGUUUGAUGGAAUGUCUGAGAGAGAUAUUUUUGCAUGGAAUUCAAUGUUUUCAGGAUAUGUUAAGAGUGGUUAUUAUGAGGACACUGUGAGGUUGUUUGAGGAAAUGAGGGAAUUGGGUGUUGGGUUUAAUGAUAUUACCUUAAUUAGUGUUCUGGCGGCUUGUGGCAGAUUGGCUGAUGUAGAAUUGGGAGAGUGGAUCGCUAAAUAUGUAAGGGUGAAUGGGCUUGAUAGAAAUAUGAAUUUAGUAACUGCUCUAGUUGAUAUGUAUGCAAAAUGUGGUGAGGUGGAUAAAGCACGAAGAUUGUUUGACCAAAUGGAUGGAAGAGACGUUGUUGCUUGGAGUGCUAUGAUUUCUGGUUAUAGUCAAGCUAGGAGAUGUCAGGAGGCGGUUGAUCUUUUUAAUGAGAUGCAGAUGGCAAAUUUAGAUCCCAAUGAGGUUACUAUGGUCAGCGUACUCUCUUGUUGUGCUGCCCUUGGAGCAUUAGGGACUGGAAAAUGGAUUCACUUGUAUAUUAAGAGGAAGGGGAUGAAUCUCACUGUCACACUUGGAACAGCAUUGGUAGACUUUUAUGGGAAAUGCGGACUAGUAGAUAGUGCAAUUGAAGUGUUUCAACUGAUGCCCGUGAAAAAUGUGUACUCCUGGACAGCGCUAGUUCAGGGUCUUGCUAAUAAUGGACAAGGAAAAAGGGCUCUUGAGUACUAUCAGUUGAUGCGGGAAAGUAAUGUGGAACCAAAUGAUGUUACGUUCAUUGGAGUUCUUUCUGCAUGUAGUCAUGUAGGUCUGGUUGAUGAGGGUCGAGAAUUUUUUGACAGUAUGAGUAAAGAGUUUAGCAUUCAACCAAGGAUGGAACACUAUGGUUGCAUGGUAGAUAUCCUUGGUAGAGCUGCAUUGAUUGAAGAGGCUUAUCUUUUCAUAAAGAAAAUGCCGAUACCUGCCAAUGCUGUUAUAUGGAGAACAUUGCUGGCUUCUUGCAGAGCUCAUAAAAAUGUUGAAGUGGGAGAAGAAGUAGUGGAACAUCUUGUCAGUUUGGAGCCCAUGCAUAGUGGUGAUUACAUUCUGUUGUCCAAUAUAUAUGCAUCGGUUGGCAGGUGGGAGGAUGCAAUGAGGACUAGGAAUCAUAUGAAAGAGAAGGGAAUCAAGAAAACACCAGGUUGUAGCUUGAUUGAGUUGGAAGGAGAAACAUAUGAGUUUUUGGCUGAAGAUAAUGCACGUUCAAUGAAGGAAGUUUAUACUGCGAGUGAAGAAAUGAUGGAACGAAUCAAGUUAGCCGGAUAUGUUCCCAACAUAGCAGAUGCAAGGCUAGAUGCAGAAGAAGAUGAUAAAGAAGCUGCAGUGUCCCAUCAUAGUGAGAAGCUGGCUAUUGCAUUUGGUCUUAUUAAAACUCCUCCUGGAACUACAAUCAGAGUAGCAAAAAAUCUCAGAGUGUGUACAGAUUGCCAUAAUGCAGCAAAAAUAAUAUCAAAGGUAUAUAAUAGAGAAAUUAUUCUCAGGGAUCGAAAUCGCUUCCACCACUUCAAAGAGGGUUUAUGUUCCUGCAAUGACUACUGGUAAAAAAGUGGACUGGUCUGUAGCCUGUCAAAGUGGACUAAUCAGUUUAUCACUUAACAAUGGAAUUCAUUUGGUUAGUCAAUUAUGGUUCUGCUAGUCCUGUACACGUUUUGAUGAUAAUGAAUGAACCCGAUUUUGAAUGAAUCUGGUUUUUCCAGCCAA